UCCCCGUGGAUGCGGCGCGCGACGACCUGCAACGACGAACAGCCACAACGUCGUCGUCUCUUCGCACAAGACGCCGACGGUGCGCCACCCACGCCCACCGCCCACACGGCGAAGGACCGCCGCCGAAUCGGUUAUUGCCCCAACGCGCGCUGCAGUGAUCGGACGUACGACAUCGACCUUGUGCCGUACUGCGAGGCUUUUUCGCGUCCAGCGCCGCGGUAUCUUCCCUUGUGUCUCACCCCGGGCUACCUAAUCCGGUGCCCACGGACGUUCUCUCGUCGACGACUCGCUGCUCCCUUGCCGGACUAUUAGAGUGGACUACUCGCUUGAAGUCGGACCUUUUGACCGUGUUUGUGAAACGCCGGGUCGGAAUCACCGCUGCCAGGAUGUUGCCAGCCGUCAUAUGUGCCCUGCUGUUCGGUAUGGCGACCGCCCAGACAUUCUACCUGCAGCAAGGUCUGUCGCCACCAUACAUGCCAUCUUCGGUGAUGCCCUACGCUCCGGCCGAAUCCAGUCCGAAGCCAUCCUUCUUCCGGAAGCCGUUCUUUUCUUCCGGGAGCAGUGGAGGAAGCCGACCGCCAGGGAAGGGAUUCUUCAGGCUACGCACGCCAUCUUUUCUGUCGGGACUCCGAGGAUCAGCAAGUUCUCCGAAGCCGAGUUUCUUCUCCUUCGGAAGACCAUCUCAGCAACAGCCGCAGCAUCAGCCGCAGCCCAUAUUCGCGCACCAAAUCCCCGUGCCACCGCUUCAAGCAGCCGCGGCGCACGCCACGUUUCAGACGCUCCCGAUGCCCGGAGGGCCACGAUUCACUUUCGCACCUGAAGCCGUGUUACAGCACGCACCGACGCACAUCGCGCAAGCGACUGAGUUUGCCGAGAGCCAGAUGGACUCGGACCGAGCCCCUGGCGGCUUCCCCGGACUUUCGUCCCUCUUCCAGCCGCAGGCUAGCGAGUCUUUCGGCUCGUCGGUCGGGGACCAGGACAGCUUCCAGCAGCAGGUGAACUCUGUCAUGCAGAUUUCACCAUCGUCAAACAACGGUUACGGUUUCAAGACGGAAGGCUCGAGCGUCUACAACGGAAUAAUGACCGCUCAGCUCGGAGUGCCCGUCAGCUUGUCAAACUACGGUGACGGCCCCGUGGCCAUUCCUGUCGGGGCGACGAGAGGCCAGCAGGGAGGAGAUGGAUCAGGGUCGGACUCGCAGAGCUACACUCCUUCCGCGGAAAUCUACACGCAGUCGCAGGGAUCCAGUGGGCAGAAGACGCAGUCGUCGUCGGCUGACCAGUACAGCACGUACGCUGCCGCAUUCCAAGCACAGCCGACCUCUUCAGGGUACGGACAGAGCAGCUCCUCGGGCACUCGCUACUCGUCGGCUCCUUCUUCAGACCCCACCAUAGCUUUCUACACGCCUCAAUCUAGCUCCGGUUUCGGUGGUUCUCCUCAGACGUACACACUUUCGUCUGGGGGUGGAUACGUCAGCUCCGCUCCAUCGGCAUUUAUCAGUGGGCUCACUAGCGGCUACGAAACAAGUAUCACGAAUCAUGGAUCAGGAUCGAGCAAAUAUGGACCAGCCUACAGCCUCGUAGGAAGCGGAAACUAUCCCACGUCCUCUUCUGGAAGCUACGGAAGCUCACAACCAUCGUCAUAUAGUUCUUCCAGUGGGGCCUACAGUCCGUCAAGUUACGGCAGUUCAGCGAGCCACUACACGGUGCCAACCAGGACCUACACAUCGAGCCAGCCGUCAUCCGGCUAUUCCUCGUCAUACUCUAGCGGGUCGCCUUCCAAGUACAGCACAUCUGGAAGUGCAUACUCGAGCGGCUACGGUAGCAGUUCAUCGUCAUCCCUGCCGAGCUCAUCCGUAGCGUACGAUAACUCCCAAUCAAACUACGGCUCUUACGGACAGCGUUACCCUUCGUCCGCUUACAGCACCUCUUCGCAGUCAGCUUAUUCGCCAAAACGACCAGCCACGAACUACGCCAGCACCUCCACGUCCUAUAAGAACUCGCAGGCAGCUGCAGCCGUAGCGCAGGCCCUCAAGGCAUACGCAGCCGGGAACGUAAAGUACGGGUCUACAAAGUCCUCGUCUCCGAGCGCGGACAGCUCCUACUCAACCUCUUACAGCGGUUCGUCGGGCUCAUCGAGCUAUGGGGACAAGAGCGCAGCUGCACCCUACUUUAGAGCGAAGACGUCAUCAUCGACGUACAACAAGUAUGGCGAUGCUUCUUUAGGGUACACAGACAGCGGAAGUGACACUGGAAGCAGCGGAAGUAAGACGUCAUCAAAGUCAUCGUAUGACCAGAGGACCGUGGGCCAGACGCUUCGGGUCAGCGGAGACAGCACGAACAGCAGCGACGCCUACACGACGUCAACGAGAAACACGAGCAGCACACCCAGUAAAUCGAGUACAGUGUAGGCCUGGUCUAAAAUGGCGCCGUUAGGUUGAUAGGCACAAAGAUGAGAUAAUGAUGAACUCGAGAAGCUCGCACAAAUGUUUUGAUGUCGAAGUUUUGAGUAGGAACCACAGAAGUGGUCGCGAACAGAGUUACCAUGAAAAAAAAAGUAACGAUUGGAAGAUGGUCACAUGAUUUUUUUAUAGCCUUCAUCCAAUUUAAGGGUGUUAACUUGUACUCAAUGGAGCCCUUUUCAAUUUAACGACCAUCUUGCAUUCAUUGGUUUUAAAUAUACUAGCCGGCAGGGCCGAUACUUUUGACGUCUUAAAAGCACUUCACACAAGAGGGCUGUCAUCAGAUGUAGGUUACCAAUUUCGCUUUGUGCGGUCAUGAUUCGUGAACCGCGAACAUGAAAUCUGGAAGUAUUCUGCGUGCUACUCACAUUGAACGAAAUGGUCCCACCGCAGCUAUACAUUUACAAGAAUGUAAGCAGGAGAUAAAGUCAGUGAGACAUCUCUGAGCCAAAUCCUGCCGCUCCACAUAUUUUUCUCACGGUAUAAACGAGGAAUAACUUUCUCAGCACUUCGGCAGCUGGUCUGCGGUGGUGUACGACAGUUAUAUACGUUUGCAUCGAACGUACGACAGGAAAAAGCAGUGUUUGAAAAGGCGUCAAUUUUGUCACUAUGUGCCUCUCAACCUAGUGGGCGUGGCAAUUUACAAGGAAAGAAUGGGAACGGGUAGACGAGCCGGUCAGCCUUCAGAGUUUUUGGCCUUUCGAGGUGGUAGUGAUGUGAGAGAAAAAGAAGACGAAGAAAAAAAAAAUGUACAUAUCGAGAACGCUCCCAAUGAGCUCAUUUCAGGCCUAACGCUACCUGUCUUAGCUGUCCAUUGCUUGCUUAACGCUCUUUUAGUGACGUCUUCACCUACCCAUCUCAGUCAUCCCCUUCCUCUCAGUUAUUUUGUUGCGCAGAUGUGAAAAAAAAAUUCAUCUUCAUCAUAGCCUAAUGAGAGAGCGAGAGAGACACCUACCAAUUACAUGAAAUCAGCGCCCUACUCAGAGGUCACCAUGUCGAGUGUGCGUGUUACGCUUACCUCUUUAUUAUUGUUUUUUUUGAGUGCUUAUGAUGCCCUAUUUAUGACAUACUGAUCGUUUCCUGCCUCCGUUCACCACCUAAUUUCUAUCUGUAGUAGUUUUUUUCUCUUUCUUUAUAUACGUGUACGUAAGCAACUUGUAUUUCCUGUUUGAAUCCGUGUCAGUGGGGCGAGAAGAAGAGACGCAGGCGCAAUGCCUACAGCGUACAUGCAUUACCUCUACUUUGAAUGACCGUUUACUUUUUGUCGUCGCCAUUUUUUAUUUAUGCCGAUAAAAUAAACAAAAAAUACAUCUAACG